AUGGUAUAUGCUAUUGGCACUAGUGGUCUUCCUUCACUACUUAGCUCUGUUGUGCUUUUAUGGAUUCUUGCUUCAUCUAGUUUUGGCAUUGGGUAUGGCCAAAAUGGUAAUCUUAGUGUACUUGAUUUUGGUGCCUCCGGCGACGGCGUAGGAGAUGAUACCCAAGCUUUCUUGAAUGCAUGGAAGACACUUUGUACGACUGGCCAAACCCUAACUAUUCCUGCGGGGAAGACCUUUGUACUCAAACCUCUUCAACUUGUAGGUCCUUGCAAAUCCAGCAGUGUUGUAAUUCAGAUUGAUGGGAAUAUUGUUGGUCCAUCCACUCUUAGCGAAUGGGCAGACGUGUGCAAAAUGGGACAGUGCUGGCUAUGCUUCCAAAACGUGAAGGGCCUCGUCAUCAAAGGGGGAGGACUUAUAGAUGGCAAGGGUUCAAUUUGGUGGAACCAAAAAACCCAAUCCAUAAAUGAAGAGACUAAGCUGAGUUGCGGAGCACCCACGGCUUUACACUUCCACAAAUGCGACCAACUUCAAUUAUCUGGAUUUACUUCCCGUGAUAGUCCGAGAGCUCAUAUAUUUAUACAUAGCAGCAAUGAUGUGCGUAUCUCAAACAUUCAUUUGAAUGCACCGGAGAAUAGCCCAAAUACUGAUGGCAUCGGCAUCUCUUUAUCAAGCCAAGUAACCAUACAAGACUCUUCCAUUGGAACUGGUGAUGAUUGUAUUGCAAUUAAGGGAGGGUCCUCUUUUGUAAACGUAACUCAUGUGACAUGCGGACCGGGUCAUGGUUUCAGUGUGGGUAGUUUAGGACAAGCUCCAGCUACUCCAGAUAAAGUCGAACAAGUAUACUUUCAAAAUUGUAUAUGUGACAAAACGAUGAACUGCGCAAGAAUCAAAACAUGGAUGGGAGGAUCUGGGAAUGCUAGGGCGAUUUUCUUCGAACAAAUGACCCUUAAACAGUCAAAUAAUCCUAUUGUGAUUGACCAACACUACUGCGAUGGUGCAGCUAAUUGCCAAGCUAAGACUGGAGCGGUGAAAGUUAGUGACGUAACUUUCAGUGGCUUCACUGGAACUUCAGCAAGCGAGCAAGCAAUAACACUGAAUUGCUCCGACUUGGGUUGCACCAAUAUUUUGAUGGAUCAUGUCAUCCUAACCUCCGCAAUCGGAAAACCACUUCAUUCUGUAUGCAACAAGGCCAGUGGGAAAGCUAGUUUUACUUCACCUCCCGUUCCUUGUCUGUCGUCGAAGCAAUCCCUGCAGUCACCAACAAUUGCACCAAUCUCAAUCACACAUUAA